AUGUCGUCCGCUCCGCCUACCGCCGCCGGCGGGGGCGGCGGCGGCGGCGGUCACGGCGGUGUGCAGCCGAUGACCCUGAAGGAGGUUCAGGAGCGCAUCGACCAGCUCUACGGCGACCGCAGCGCGAAGAACCUUCGCGAAGGCAUCCGAAAAGGCUUUAUUUCCGUCGGUAAGGGCGUCUUCGCCGGCGUCGGCGCGCUCGUCGCGGCGCCGAUUGCGGGCGCUGCGCAGGAGGGCGGGAUCGGAUUGGUUAAAGGGACCGUGGCGGGGGUGGCUAGUCUCGUCGUGCUGCCUACUAUAGGAAUCGUGCAAGGCGCGCAGCAGCUGGGACAGGGGAUUAAGAACAUGCCCGACGCGGUUCGGGAGAUGAUGAAGAAGGAUAAGUGCGAGGAGGAGGCGGAAAAAGGGGAGAUUUUAGAAGAUCCAGACGCGGAUAAGCUUAACGAACAGACGUACUCGCACACGCGCGAAACUGUCGAGAAGAUUGCGCUGGAAGCGGAAACAGAGGCGACUGCCGCGUCAGCGGCGAAGGCUGCUGCCGACGAAGUAGCCGCCACGUCAGCCGCGGAAGCGGCGGCCGCGGCGGAAGCGGAGAAGAAGGGGGAGAAGAGGGAAGUUAAGGACGAGGCGCUCUACUUGGUCUUAGAAGUCGCGACGGACGCGUCGUCCGUGGAGAUUAAGAAGGCGUACUAUAAGCUAGCGCGCACCUGCCAUCCCGACAAGAACCCCGGAGACGAGUCCGCCAAGGCCAAGUUCCAAGCAGUGGGCGAGGCUUACCAAGUCCUCAUGGACCCCGUCAAGCGCGAGCAGUACGACCGCUUCGGCCGCGCCGCGCUUGAAGACACAUUCAUGGACCCGGGUUCCUUCUUCACCAUGGCGUUCGGUGCAGACCGGUUCAAACCGCUUGUGGGGGAGUUGACAGUGGCGUAUACAGCGGCGGGGAAUCUGACGGUGGAGGAGGUGAAGCGGUGGCAGGCGCGGCGGGAGAGGGAGCUGGCUGACGGGUUGUUGAGGAGGUUGGGGACGUGGUUGAGAGGGGAUGAGGAGGAGUUUGUGAGGGAGGCUGUGAAGCAGGUGGAUGAGUUGAAGGGGGAGGCUUUCGGGGUUGCCUUCCUGCACUGCAUCGGCUACACGUACUACUCGCGCGCGCAGGUGCUACUGGGCCUCACAGAGAUGCUCGGCAUUCCGGGGUUUGUGAAUGCGGUGAAAGAGUCGGGGCACACUAUGAAGACCCGGUACAACGCUGUUGAUGCAGCACUUAAGCUAUCAGAGAUGAAGGUCAGCAUGGACCCUCAGAAGCCAGCCAGCGAGCAGCCCAACAUGCCUGAAUUCCUCAACUCCGUCUGGAUGAUCAGCGUGCUGGACAUAGAGAGUACACUGCGGCACGUGGUGGAGCUUGUAGUGAAAGACAAGACCGCUUCUAAGGAGGAGAGAAAGAAGAGGGCCAGUGGAAUCAUGCGACUGGGGAGGAUUUUCCAAGGGGCGUGA